CGUCGUCAGAGGAUUUAUUUGAAUGUCAUAAAUUGCUGUGGGUCGUUUAAUCUACAUACUCUCCUCCCGUUUGCUACCCUGAGUGGGCAACUCGGUUCUAACUCCGCCUUCGUGAAAUUUAAGGAAUGCCCUGGCGUUAAUAUCGAGUGUGACCCAAGCUGAUAUAUACUGUAGCACACGAUAUUUUGACAGAAAUGGCAGACGAGUCCUUGUUCGAGUUUCUCCAUAUGGAGAUAGUGUCUCAUGUUUACAGGGAGCAGCAAUCCACUAAAGGAGAGAUGGACAACAAGGACAGAGCUGUCUGUGUGUCUGUUUUGGAAAGUAUGGGCUUCAGGGUGGGACAAGGACUUAUUGAGAGAUUGACCCGGGACUCCCCCAGCUUUAAGGAUGAGUUGGAUGUAAUGAAGUUCGUCUGUAAAGACUUUUGGACAAAAGUGUUCAGGAGGCAGGUCGACAACCUCAGAACUAACCAUCAGGGUACCUAUGUUCUUCAGGAUAACAAGUUUGCUCUGCUGACUCAGCUCUCCAGUGGAAAGCAAUACCUGGAUCAGGCUCCUAAGUAUCUGGCGUUUUCAUGUGGUGUGGUGAGAGGAGCUUUAUCUAACCUUGGUCUGGAUAGUGUGGUGACAGCUGAGGUCUCCGUCAUGCCAUCCUGUAAAUUUCAAGUUGUCAUCCAGAAGCUGUGACCUGAUCCUCAUCUCCCUCCUCACUAUCCCUGGUUGUCCCAAAACAGAGGACAUAUGUCCCUGCUCUCUGACUGAGCAGUGCAUGUACAGAAGGAAUUGAACACCAGAGCGGUUAGCCAGAGCUACCCUUUCUUUGUGUGGUAUUCUGACGUAAAAAAAAAAGGAUUUGUUAUUCACGUUGUGCAUCUUGAUUUGUAAGACCGCAGAGGUUAGCUCAUUUGAGCUGACUAAUGUAAGAUGUUCCCAAGUUUUAUUUGAACUGAAUAAGUGGAGUCCGGCCCUGAUUGACAUCACUCCUAACUUUGGAGAGCAGUGCUGAAGGGUCAGUGGAUGUGAUUACAGAAAUGUGACUCCAUAUUAAAUCACAAGGUUUAAGUAA